AUUCGUGGUUGUACGUCACGUCAAUUACGGGCUCUUCCUAAACUUUCCGCUCAAGUUGAAAUUGGUUUCUUCAGUGUUUGGUGAGGCUUCUGUGAAAUAAUCAAAUAAUAUUACAAAUGAAUAUUCGUGCAUGUUGAUAUAAAAAUUUUUCAUAUGCAAGUUUUAUCUGAACUUAAUCACUCAAGUUAAAAUUGUAUUGGUAUCCAACGCACGGUGCUUAAGAACUGCGGAGUGGCUGUUGGUGUUGAACCCGAACUUGAAACCGUGUGUCUGCGACUCUGCAGCCACUCAUUUUCUCUGUGUGUGUGAAUUAAUGUGCGUGAGCGCAAGCGUAGCGUUCUGUGGCUAAAGUAAAUCCUCUGAUAUCUGACACAGAAAAUGGAGAGUGGAACUGGAAACGAAGAAACCGAGUUAGACGAAGGGUGCCGAGAGUUACUUUGACCAUAAUGUUAUAGGCUAUAUACUAAUGCUAGGCAUCAGGAUCAGUCACGCUUGUAGAGGCACGAAUUUUUCUUCUCACGCAGAAACUACAUAAGUUCACAAAAUUAUGAAGUAGCUUUGAUUUCAGGUGCAUUUGUGCAUGCGGCAAACGUACGACUUUGUUAACAUGGCAGAGAUGUCUCGUGAGCGUCGCCAGAGCGCGGCUUCUUCAGGCUUGUCUGACAUCACCAGCGCGCCAGCCAUCACCGAGGAUGAGAUCAAGGGCAUGACCUUGGAACAGCUGGAAUGUGCAGCUGAGGAGCUCCAGAAUUUGUGUUCCUGUUUGCAGGCUGAGGUAGACCUCUAUUCCAGGUAUCUCAGCAGUCAAGUCCUUCCUGACAAUCAGGCUCCAAGCACGCUCGUGGCGACCAGCCUCUCAGAGUCUGGUACGACUACCCCGACCCUGUCGUCCCUUGACGUGCGAGGUCUGUGGCACGGCCAGAUCAUCACUAGAGCAAGAACGCAACACCGAGUCAAGUUGAGUAACAAGGAGAAGUAUCGCCUGUGGCAAAGGGAGCUGGAAAUAGUCCUAGCCAACCGAAGGAAGCAAGGAAGGCUCUGGGAACGGCAGUUGCACAAAUGCCAGGCAAGUACUUCUUCAGCGAGAAGUGUCAAAAGCAGUCUAGAACGAGUUAGGGAGCCGUUGCAUAGGCAAUUCCCGCUUACAACUACUAUGUCAUUCUUGUGUUGAA